GUUUUGUGCUCACCCCUUUCCAAGCUAGCAAGCUAACCGCGAGCCAUGGACGUCGUCCUUGACCUCGCUGACACAUACGUCCUUGACAGCGUCUGGGCGCGCCUUUUGCCUACCGCCGCCCACAGUCCCAUAAUUUCUAAUGUGACCUCUCCAUCCCUUCCCUUCGCAUCUGCCUGGGCUCGUGACUUCGUCCCUCGACAACUCAUUUCUUUAUCCGUGCUCAGCUUCGUUGGGAUUCAUAUGCUGUAUUUCGUGAUCGCCACGCUCUCUUACUACAUCGUCUUCGACCACAAGAUGAUGCGGCAUCCACGUUUCCUGCCGCAUCAGGUGAAGCUCGAGAUUGAAACGAGCGUGCGCGCGUUCCCGGGCAUGAUCCUCCUCACGGUACCGCUGUUCCAGGCAGAGGUGAUGGGAUACUCGAGGCUUUAUGAGGACGUUGGGGAGUACGGGUGGAUGUAUUUGGUGUGUUCGGUGCCGAUGUUCCUUGUCUUCACCGACUACGGCAUCUACUGGAUACAUCGCCUUUUGCAUCAUCCGAGUAUAUACAAGGCAAUCCACAAGCCACACCACAAGUGGAUUAUCCCCACUCCAUUCGCCUCGUAUGCAUUCCACCCUGUAGACGGAUUCCUCCAAUCCGUGCCGUACCAUCUCUUCAUAUUCAUCUUCCCCCUCCACCGCUUCCUCUACCUCGGCCUCUUCGUUGCCGUCAACUUCUGGACGAUACUAAUCCACGACUCAGAUAUGAUCACUGGCCAUCUGCUAGAGAAGGUGAUCAACGGGCCUGCACACCACACACUACACCACCUCUACUUCACCGUCAACUACGGGCAGUAUUUCACGUUCGCGGAUCGUGCGGGCGGGUCGUAUCGUCAACCGGACGCCAGCUUGGAUCCGGCGCUUGAGGUCAAGAAGACGUCUUGAUAGGCGAUUUACCUGGUGGGGGAGGAAGACGGCCCUUCCGAACCGUUCUCUGAGAUCCUCAGUAUCUUAAAGUCUAAUAAAUAGCUGUGUAGCUCAUGAUAAUUUAUGUCCUUCC